UCAAAUCAAAUAAAAAUAAAUAAAUAGGAAGAGCCUUCGAAAUGUCUGGGCAAAAAAAUAAUUGGCGCUUAUCCAGUUCCCAAGUGUUUGAAAGAUUGCAAUCCGAGUACGAACCCAGAGUGAACCAACUGGAAAAUGAUGUUUACGAGUGCUGCCGAAUUCUGAACAAUGUAAAAAAAGCUGAAGAUAGCGCAACUAUAUGGAAAAACCAUAGGGAAAUGGAAAAGUAUGUAUCCUGGGAGUUAGACAUGCGAGAUUUUCCCAUGGAAAAUAUUUGCAUUCAGCUGAAGGAUAAACACGUUUUCGUUCGGGCCUAUUAUAAGAAUCUGGACAUCAAUCGAGAAAUUCUUAUGCCCCAAAAUGUGGAUAUCUCAAGAAUUACGGCGAUUCUGACACACCGCGGAAUUCUUACCAUAUCAGCUCCAAUUGUGGUACUGAUAUCAGACGACCAGAAGCUGUGGCUUUGAACUUUUAUAUUGCAUUAUAUUCGAUUUUGUAUGUUAUGUUAU